AUGACUAUCCCACUCUUUUCCCCUUCAACGCCUUUUGGCCCCUUUCAACCCCUCCACGAAUACGCCAUCGCCAACGCAGAGAGUAUAUCUUGGGAUAACUGGUACAACCUCUUCGUCAUUCCUCUUGUACCGCUAUAUAUUCAGGCUUUGCUUCUGCGGUACGAGCGGACGAGGUAUUAUAGGAUUGCCGUGGGGGUCGUGGGUAUAACGUUGUUGGGGAGAGCAGUAGUUGGAUAUAGGUUUACUCAACCAUGGUUCAACGCACUCAACAACGGCAUAGGUAUCGGAGUGAUGCAUCUCAUAGCUCGAUAUUUAGAAUUUGGCUUUAUAGAAGGACCUUUGGUAGAUAGGUAUUUCGAAGCUAAAGGUAGACAUCCCUUGAUUGGCGCAAUGGACGUAGCUAUCAACGCGAGGUGGAUAGGUUUAGGUGCAAUUGAUUUGGAUCAUAAAGGAAAAGUCGAUCCCGGACAUACCCAUCUAAAUAAUGGUAAUGACGAUGGACAUAUAUCACCUUCGAAAGAUGAUACGGAUGUGAUAGAUGGUGGAUUGGAAUUUUCAAAUACCCAUCAGAACAUACCGAAUAUGGAAGAAAGAACAAAAGAAAGUUGGCUACUUUGGCCUACCGUUAAACGUACACGAUUACAGGCUGUCGUCCGACAUGUCUAUCUGGCAAUAAGGAACUACGUGAUAUUCGAUACUGCUUUAUAUCUUAUAAGGUACUUUGGACGAACCACCAUCGGAGCGGAUCAUCCAGUCCCCAACGCUCUAUAUAAAUUCUCUCAUGAGAAUCGAUUUAUCAUCCUACCAUGUCUGAAAGGAUUUGUCAAACAAGAACACUUGAUCGCCCCGCGGUACAUUGUCGAAAUCGUCACUUCCAUUAGCGUCGCUUCGGGCGUAUGGCUAGGUAUAUCCUCGGGAUAUCAUCUGAUAGGGGCGAUACUUGUUGGAACGGGAUUGUGGGAGACGGAAUCUUGGGAACUAGAUUUGUUUGAUUCCCCUUUGUUGGCUGAUAGUCUUUUGGACCUUUGGGGUAGGAGAUGGCAUCAGUUCUUCAGGCACCACUUCAUCCUCUACUCCACCCUCAUUCUCCGUCUCUUCCAUCUACCCAUCAACUCCGGUUCCACACUUUUCCUUUCAUUCAUCCUUUCCGGCCUGAUGCAUUCGAUAGGUCAAUUCACUAUGAACCCUCAUCCACCCCUAUUACCCAUUUUCCUCCUAUUCCCCUUGAGUGGGAUGGGAUGUUCACUGGAAGUAAUGUUCAAGAGAAUGACAGGUAAGAAAGUUGGUGGGGUAUACGGGAGGUUAUGGGCGUGGAUAGCCAUGUUGGCUUUUGGUAGAUUGGGGACGAAAGCUUGGUUGGAAUCUGGGGUUGGGGGCAGUUACUUAACUCCUCCGGGCGCUGGGGAAUGGUUGGUCAAGGACUUGGUAGAACCGUAUCUUAUUGGGAAGGUGUAG